CCGUGCUUUAUUGGCUUUAUUGUUUGUCAUAGGCCGGCCGUGGAGAAUAUACCGAUAAAUUUGGUAAUUUUGGCAUUCCCUGCGUAGGUCCCCAGUUCACAGAAGGAGACUGUGAAGGCCACUGUAUUGUACCACUCCACUAACCUAAGAAGCAGUCUCUGGUUUCACGGCCAUGGCCAGUCACAACCAGGAACCUCUGGAUGUGCUCAUACAGAGGAUCACCAAUCCGCUGAGUCAGACCUACGACCCCCAGCUGGUGUACACGUUCUGUGAGCGCAUCAAACGCGAUCAGGAUGGAGCCGUGGCGGCGACUCGUCUGCUGGCGUACCGGGUACAGAGUCCUCAGGAAAGAGAGGCCAUGCUCGCUCUGGAUCUGCUGGACACCUGCGCGCGGACGGGUGGCGCGCGCUUCCAGGCCGAGCUGGGCAAAUUCCGCUUCCUCAACGAGCUCAUCAAGCUCCUCUCCCCGCGCUACCUGGGCGCGCGCACUCCGCAGCGCGUCAAACAGCGCGUGGCCGACCUUCUGCUCCUCUGGUCGCGCCAAAUCCCGCACGAGACCAAGAUCCAGGAGGCGUUUACCCUUCUGCAGAAGCAGGGUCUCCUGGAUCUACACGGGAUAGCGCCUCGUGAUGCAGGUGGCGCCGCGGCGCGGAUGGACGACGCACUAAUGGUUCCAGAAUCCGCCGAUGAGGCGCUGGAUCCACACCGGGCGCCGACGCCGCCACUGCCAUCUACCGAGCGGCCCAAGAACCCCAUCUUCGAGGACAGCCAGAAGGCGGCGCUGCUGAAGCGGCUUCUCCAGAGCACCAAUCCAGACGACAUCCAGGCUGCAAACCGGCUGAUUAAAACCAUGGUGAAACAAGACGAGGAGAGGUCAGAGCGGGUCAGUCGCAGGGUCACGGAGCUCGAGACGGUCCACUCCAACCUGCGCCUGCUGGAGGAGAUGAUGGACAACUACUCGCCAGAGACGACAUCCAGUGAGGAAAUGGAACUGAUGGCCGAACUGUGUACAUCCUGUCAACAACUCAGAGGAAAACUGGACACGCUGGCAGCCGAGACGGACGAUCAGGACUCGGCGCUCGCCGAGCUGGUGUCUGCCAGUGAGCAGAUUGGCGCCACGAUUGCGCGUCACCGGGAGCUCAGUUCGCGCAGCGCGCCCCUCACCCUCCUACAGCUGGAGUCGCCGCAGGAGGUCCGGCCGCCGGAGGCUCCCGACCGCGGCCACAGUCAGGACAUGCUGCAGAAACAGCUGGAAAGACUGGGUCUCUCGGACGCUGCUGCAUCGGGCCCAUCCUCGAUCCCCACAGCAUUAUCAGUGAACCAGCCGCCUGACCUACUGGGUCGAGCUACCGGACCACCCCCCUCCGUCCCCACCACCGCCGCCCCCGUCCCAGCCCCCGCUGGGUCGGGCCUGGCUGAGCUACUGGGGGCGCUGGACUGUCCUCCAGCCUCCGCGCCCCAGCCGCACCCGCCCCCGCCGGGCGGUGUGGGGGUGGGAAUGAGCCAUCAGACGAUGCUUGCUCAGAUGCUACCCCCGGCGCGGACAGCAGCGCCCACCGUUCCUCGACCGUCCCAGCCGCCGGCCCGAUCACCGUUCGAUGAUCUCGAUGAUCUGGUGCGACUGAGUAUGUCCAGCUCGGCGCCGGGCGCGACAGCGACGGCUGCCUCGGGCUCUGCGACGGCGGAUAGAUUACUAUCAGCUCCGCCCGGUUCUCCCUCCACCAAUCGGACGGCCGCAUCGGCCGGCUCGCCCCGCCCCUCCGCCGUCCCGACCAAUCACACGCCGCCCCAGUCACCGGGGCGCGCGGCCGGGGCGGAGCCAAACGGCCAUCAACCAAUCACGGAUCUACUCGGCGAUGACGUCAGCCUGCUCUCGACGCUGAGUGGCCCGAGCUCCCACGACUCGCUGUUAUCUGAGACAGGAUUGGGCGGUCAGAUGGGAUCAAUUGGCUCUCAACCAAUGUCAGCUGGAGGUCACCCCGCGUCCGCUGGAGGUCAGCCGGGGUCAGGGCGAGGUCAGGACCCGGCUGCCGGAGACGCCGCGUCCCGCCCUCCCGGUCUAUCGGAGGUCACCGUUCGUCUGGAGGAUAUCACUCCCGGCGGCGCUGCGCCGGUACCGCUGUUCUGCGAGCCCAACUCUCUGGAGAUCAGUCUGCACGGCCCGGCCGGUAACCGGCCGCGGCGUGACGUCACGGUGUACAUCAUCACGACACUGAACCGCACCGGCCGGCCCGUCACCCAGUACACGCUGCAGGCCGUCUGUGAUAAGUCGGCCCGGGUGCGUCUGCAGGCUCCGUCUACCACAGAUCUACCCGCCGGGUCACCGUUUCUGCCGCCGCCGGCUGCCAGUCAGGUGCUGCUCCUGGCCCGGCCCGAGCCUCAGAUGAGCGUUCACCUGCGGUUCAUGCUGAGCUACUCUAUGGAUGAUGACAUCAUCACCGAAAUGGCCGAGACCACUCUCACCGGCCAAUCGUAACGCCUCGCUACGGUGACGUCAUACGGCUCCACCAAUGAGAACGCGUCUCACAGAUCGGUCCAGCCAAUCACAGCUAGUCUCUACACCGACGGAACGGCCAUUGGCCAAUCAGAACGAACUCGAAAGAUGACGUCACUUGCACCGACAGCUGCACAGCAUUCCGCUUCAUAGCUAAGGUGGUAUGCUGCUUUAGGUAUUAAAUGGGUGGUGUUGUCAUGUACUGCACUGAUAUAUUCGGCCAGUUGUGAUUCCGUGUGUAGCAAGCUAUCUACAAAUUACCUUGUGUGUUGUGUUGGAGUGUUUAGGUUGAUAUUAGUCUGAUAAUGUGGCUGAUGAUUUUAACUGGUGUAAAAUCUUGCAGGGGUUGUUCCUUUUUAUGCGUGUUUCCUUUUAUCAUCCUAUAUCGCUAUUCUCCAUAUUUCGUGCUCGAUGUUGCGGGUUGUGGCAUGUUUUCCCCGAGUUUUUAAAAUUAGUUCAGGUGAUAUGUCUAAUAGAAAAAGUGUAGUUUUGUGAUCAACGGUAUUGCUGUUGUGAUUCUUGCUUGCGUACGCUUCCCAAAUUAGCUUCAUUGUAUAGCUUGUGCGUACUUUUUGUUUAGCUCGGCAGCUAGCUUCCAAAAGCUUUUAAUCGCAUUUUUUGCCAUGACAGCAGCAGCCUAUUUGUCAUGCCAACCCAUCCAUGACAAACGGCUGACGGUCCUGAAAGACAGGCUACACUUUAUAGCACGCUUGUGCGUGACAGAUGAGUCAAUGGAAACCAACGGGAUAUGAUGUUCUGGCCAGGGUUCUGGCAGCUAAGACAUCGGGGAAUUCGGGUAACGGUGAUUGCAAAUAAGCAUAUAAGAGGGACAUUCAGAGGCGAGUUGAGAAUAAUUAAUGCACGCGCUAUAAUGAGAGAGGUAUAUGCACUAUGCAGUAUGGCAACACUGGAAUGACUACUAAAAUCGCUGCCGGAAUUUUAGCCCGAGAAGACAUGCGUUGCCUAUCUAUGUAUGCUUUCAUUUCGAUAGGUUGAGAACGAUUCGAAUCCGGCAAAUCUGUCCGUACGGUACAUUAUUUGAGCGUAAUCGAAUGUGGUUGCGUUGAUGUUAAUUUUAAGUAUUAUGCGGAUGCAAUAUUCCUUCGACAUCUCCAUAUUCGUCUUUUACUGCCUGCCAGUUUGAUGUGAUUCAGUUUAUUAUCCCCGGCUGUCGUACUAAGACCUUCGUUCCUAUUAGCUGCCAUCUUAGUCUGUUGCGCUGUUGGCUCAUCAAUGGUCUUUGCCUAUAUUACCUGAGUGUGUGUUAUCCGUUGGUUUGCGCCGUCGCUAGCUUGUUUGUGCCUGAUGGAAAAUGGAAAUCGUCCCUAAGGAAAGUGCCAGUAGGAGCCAGUAGCCGCAGCGGCGGCGCGGGCACGGUUGCCAUGCCAACCGCUGUGAGCGUCUAGUCAGCGCCGUGUCUAGUUCGUGCGGUCGCCGCUGGGUAGCGCCACAGUCGCGGCUAAAAGCCAAGGGACUUGGCGAUGAGGAAUUGGUGUGGACUGUGGAGUGUGGAGAGCGGUGUGGAUUUGGAAAAUAUAUGGUUAUCCACGGUUAAAGA